GGCGACGAGGCUGGGGGACGGAACCAGGUUAAUAGAGUUGUUAACCUGUUAAUAGAGCUGUCAUUUCCAUUUUAGAGUGUUGGCUAUACCCAACUUUUCCAUAACGGAGAAACCCUCGCCUGAGCCUCUAUUUCGUCGAAGCCGCAUCCGUCGUGUUUCGUAAUACCAAAUUUCUCAUCCUGGAGUAGUGUUAACAGCGCCGCACCACCUCGUGCCGUGGGAGGUCGAGCUCGUCAAUGCGACGCUCCUCGGAGAGCAGCGCCUCCUCCUGCGCGUUCUUCUUUGGCGCGAGGGCGGGCGGGACGGAGGGCGCCGAGGAGGAGGCGGCGGCGGAGGAGCUAGGGUUAGGGUUCGCCGCCGCCGUCUGAGCUGCGGCGUCGAGGUUGCUGGGGUCGGAACCGGUAGCAGCUGCGGCGGAAUUCGCGGAGGGCGCCGACGUGCCGGCCUUGGCGAGGACCUGGCGGUGCUCUUCGCGGCGCUUCUGGAGCUGCUUCUGCUCCAGCUCCGACCGCCGCACGAAGCUCUUGCCCCCGAAGUCGGCCGUCGCCGCCUUCCGCUUCUUCUCCAGUUCCCGCUUCAGCAGAUCCAUUACGCCCGCCGUCCAGUUCGGCUUCGAUUCUCCGAGAGGCGGUGCACCGUGCCGGUGCUGCGGAUACCGGCCGUGUACGCGUUCCCCCAAAUAGAGGAGGACUCGACCCAACUUGGAUCGUGUUGUGGGCAGACUAAUAAAGCGUGCAAGUCUGUUACCGACCAUGUCGCAGCAGCCGGCGCCGGCGCCGCCAUAUCGGCCGUAUAGGCAGGUGAGGGAGGCGACGCCCCACAGCCGGGCGGUCUCCUGCUUGCGGUUCUCCCCCUGCGGGCGCCUCCUCGCGACAGCCUCCCUCGACGGAACGGUAGCGCUGCUCUCCCCGUCCUCACUGACCGUAAUCGCCGUCCUGCGCGGUCACUCUGACGGCGUUUCCGACCUGUCCUGGUCCACGGAGUCGUUCUACCUCUGCUCCGCCUCCGACGACCGCACCAUCCGCAUCUGGGACAUCCGGCCCGUCCUCGCCGGUGGCGCCCAGGCAGCCGCCGAUUCCAGCGCAGACCGCUGCGUCCGCGUGCUCAAGGGGCACACCAACUUCGUCUUCAGCGCUAACUUCAACCCGCAGACCAGCUCGCAGAUCGCUUCCGGAGGAUUUGAUUGUACCGUGCGCAUAUGGGACGCCACGAGUGGCCGGUGCACCCGCGCCAUCGAAGCGCACUCUGAGCCCGUCACCUCCGUGCAUUUCAUUAGGGACGGAUCCAUCGUUGUAUCCGGAAGCCAUGACGGGAGCUGCAAGAUCUGGGACGCCAAGAGCGGGGCUUGCCUCAAGACGGUCAUCGAUGAAAAGAAGCCCGCAGUGUCCUUCUCCAUGUUCUCGCCCAAUGGCAAGUUUAUCCUCGUUGCCAUGCUCGAUAACUCACUGAAGCUAUGCAAUUUUGCCACCGGCAAGUUCUUGAAGGUAUACAGUGGACAUGUGAACAGACAAUACUGCAUACAGUCCGCGUUUUCUGUUACGAAUGGAAAAUACAUUGUCAGUGGAUCAGAAGACAACUGCGUGUACAUAUGGGACCUCCAAGGGAGAAAUAUCCUUCAGAAAUUAGAAGGCCAUACGGACACUGUCAUCUCGGUGUCCUGCCAUCCAACAGAGAACAAGAUUGCUUCUGGUGGCCUUCAUAAUGAUAGGACUGUAAGAUUAUGGGUUCAAGAUAGCUGAUCAACUUGCAGGUGUGGACUACGCUCAUAAACAGCACUUGCCUAUCAAUGAGAAAAUAUGUCUGCUUCCCAUGGAUAUGGAUCGCUAUUCCAGAUACGUUUACAACUUACACAAAGACAUUAACCAUGCGAGCUUUGUUUUAAUCUGAUGUGUUAUCCUAAGUUGUGAAUGCUGAAUAAAUCAACAUCUAGUCAUCUCUAAUAAUGUUGUGAUAUGUUAUGCCCAACGGCUGUAUUCCAAUCAAUAUUGAUUUAUUUUGCAAAGUUCGCCACUUUAAGAUGCAAGAUACUUUGUUUUUAGCUGUCUAGAAGGCAGUCACUUAGAUUA